CGACGUGUCUCGAGAGACGGAUUCGAGACAUGGGUUGAGCCUAAGCAGCUGAGAUCCACGUCUAAUAAGCCAAACUGGAUGAAGAAGCGGGCUGAUCGCCCAGGCCGGCGAUGGGACCAUCUCCGGACCAAUGAGCCGCCCAUCAUAGGCACAGGUUAUCGGCCUCCACAUGUCGACCAAAGAGCUCGAUAUCGGGACUAUAUCGCAUCCACAGCAUUACCCCGCAGCCGAGAUGACCAGAGCGUCAUUAUCAGCAAUGAGCGGCUGGACGAGAUGCUGCACCUUGGUGAUGGGAAAUCGACACGUCAACUCCCAGAAUUGGAGUCUCAAAACCCUCCAGAGACACACCCCGUCGCGUCACGACUAAGAAAAUUCGUCCUCCAUCAUUUCUUGACACCACUUUUGUUCCGGUUGGUUGUCAUGGCAACAUCUAUUGGGGCGCUUGGUAUGGCCAUUCAGAUCUACGAAGAUGAGUUCCACAGCCCGAGCAAGUCGCAGCAAGAGGUAUCUCAGGCCAUUGUCGCCAUUUCGGUCGAUGCCAUUGCCAUCCCGUACAUCGCCUACAUGAUGUACGACGAAGUAAGGGGCGCCCCAAUCGGCUUACGUUCGCCUUUUGCGAAGAUGACGCUCAUUCUAUUGGACACGUUCUUCAUCACGUUUAAAGCAAUCGGCACGGCUUUGGCUUUUGAGGCGCUCAUAUACAGGACUUACGAGGACGCUGCUCUCAAGAGAAGCCUAGCUAGAUCCAUGGCGUCCCUCAUGUUGGUGGGCUUGGUCUCGUGGAUUGCCAACUUCAUAAUUAGUCUUUUUAGACUGGUCGAGCGCCUU